UUAGAAAAGAAGCGGAAGAUGUUUGAGUGCCUCUAUUAUAUGUGCGGGCUUGGCCGACGAGAUGAAAAGCCCAAAGCCCGUUAACAGGCGGGCCCCCAAUUUUAUUUGAUUUUGGUGCAAAUCUAAGUUUCCUUUUGUAGGUUUCCGAUUCCUGCCAAAUUGAAAUCCAAAGCCCUUGGUGCAAUUUUGGGGAAGACGAGAUGAGAGGGAUGAUGAGACUGAUUUUACUACGUCGUUUAGCUGCUCGAUCGUCUUCCAUCACCGAUAACAACACCAUACUCUCCUCCUCCUCCGCCGCCGCCGCCGCCGCCGCCGCCGCCGUCGCCGUGGAGAGGACCUCUACACAUUGCUUUUCCGCUAAUGGUUUUCACCCUGCUCUCCUCAAUCAUUCACGGAACUUCUUCUCUCCACCGUCCUCAGAUGAAUCUUUCACACCUUUUUCCGUUAAGUCAAUCAGACACUUUGGUCAAGCGGCAAAGUCGGAGGAUGAAGAUGAAGAAGUAGAGAUUGACCAAAGAAGGCUCCCAGCUGAUUAUGAUCCCGCAAACUUUGACCCUACGGAGCAUCGUAGUCCCCCAACCGAUAGGGUAUGGAGUCUCGUCGAUGAAAUAUCUGGACUCACGCUCGUUGAAACUGCUGAGCUUUCUACUAUAAUGAUGAGGAAAUUAGGUAUGAAGGAGAUGCCUGUUGUUGGUGUAAUGAAGCCAGGUGCUGCUGGAGUGGCCAUGAAUACUGGAGCAGCUGCAGCUAAGGAAGAAAAGAAGCCCGAAAAGACGGCCUUUGAGCUCAAGAUAGAGUCUUAUGAUGCAGCUUCAAAGCUCAAGGUCAUUAAAGAGAUACGGAGUUUUACAGAUUUGGGAUUAAAGGAAGCUAAGGAUUUGGUGGAGAAAACUCCUUCUGUUCUUAAGAAGGGAGUUUCUAAGGAAGAAGCCGAGAAAAUUAUUGAGAAGAUGAAAGCUGUAGGGGCAGUAGUGGUUAUGGACUGAUUUCAUGCACUUUACGUUAGUCCCUCUCUCUCUCCCUC